AUGCAGCCCACCGAGUCCGCCGACGCGCUCUCCGUCCUGAACGACCCUACCAAAUCCCACCUCCAGGUCUCUGGUAAAGGUCCUUACGGCUCUGGCGUAUCCUCCGUCAAUAGUAGCGAUACGUCGUUGCAUGUCGUCAAGAAUGUGCCGGGGUAUUCCACGCCGGUGUUCAAGGGUAAGCAGGCCCAGCAGGAGAAGGUCCAAGCGGACGUCGCAUCGAAGGGAUUUAUUCCUCGUGAACUAGUUCCCAACGAAGUCACCUGGUUUUACUCCCACCUCGGCAUCGAUGACACCUACUUCGCCAACGAAUCCAUCCCCAUCAUCUCCGACCACAUCAUCGCCCUCUUCGGCGCCAAGAUCCUCGCCUACACCAAACACGACCCGUCCAAACUCGUCAUCGACCUCGAAAAGAUCGCAGAAGACAGAUCGAACGCGACCUUCAUCCACACCAGCGCGCCCGGCGUGACGUCCACCGCGGGACCGGGGAGCGUCGUCGAGACGCGGAUCGACGAGAUGUUCUUGGACGGGGCGACGCCAGAGAAUUGUUGGAGGUUGGAGACGUUUAGGAGUAGUGGGAGUAUUUCGGCGACGGCGCCGCAGCAGUUGAGGUGCUAUUUCGUGACGAAGUGUAAGUUUGCGACGCCACCGCCACAGACGCCGGCUACGGAGGCUUCGGGGUUGUUGGGCGUUGGAGAGGCGGAGAAGAAGGAGAAGACGGAUAUUAGGACGGUUUCGGAUCAGGCUUUCUUGGAGAAGGCGAGCGAGAAUACGUUGGAGGUGUAUCAGAGGAUUAUGUGGAAUGUGGAGAGCCGGUAUGGGCCCGUUAUUGAGGUGUUUGAGGUGGAGGGGACGAGGGAGAGGAGGAUGGUUAUUGGGUAUAAAAUGGGUGGGACGACACAUUUGUUUAGUGCACUCUCGAACCUCUACCACUUCUAUUCGCUUUACUCGACGAGGAAAUACGUCGAACAAUUCUCCAAUGGCAUCACCAUCAUUUCACUCUACCUUAACCCGCUACCCAACUCCAAUGCACCCCCGAUCGAACACUCUAUCUUCCAGGUCAUGAAGGAAGUCUCGCUGUUGUACUGUCUGCCCGAUAACCCAUUCUUCUCGUCGACGGUAGGGGCGAGGCAUGCGGUCCAGGAUGCGGCUUAUGCUUACUGCGGCUGGAUCUUCGCCCAACACUUCUGUAACCGGCUCGGCCCAGCCUACCUCGGCCUCAAGAACGUCCUCGACGAGACGAACCCGUCGCACGCUGAGGUUCUGAAUGAUAUCAAGAGACGAUUCAGGGAGGAGACGUUUACGAGGGAGAGUAUUGCGCAGGCUGUGCAUGCUCAUCCGGAGUUGGUGAGUCUUUGUGCUAUUAGGAUGUUGUAUGUCAAUUUUGCGAUGACGCAUUAUCCGGCGGACGAGGCGCAGAGAUUGAUGCCGACGCUUUCCUUCCAACGUCUUCAAACCGAACAACCCCUCUCGGACGAGCAACUGUACGACAAGAUCAGGCGUACGGUAUUGAACAAGCACGAGCUGCAGAUCUUUGAGAGUUUCUUGAUCUUCAAUAAGCACGUCCUGAAGACGAACUUCUACCAGCCGACGAAAGUCGCACUUUCGUUCAGGUUCAAUCCGACGUUCCUUCCGGAGGUGGAGUACCCCGUCGCGCCGUUUGGGUUGUUCUUGUCUAUUGGCAAUGAGUUCCGCGGGUUCCAUAUGCGGUUCAGGGAUGUUGCCCGUGGUGGGAUCCGGAUCGUUAGGUCGAGGAAUAAGGAAAACUACUCAAUCAAUCAGAGGAUGCUAUUCGACGAGAACUAUGCCCUAGCGUCUACUCAAUCCCUCAAGAACAAGGAUAUUCCCGAAGGAGGUGCGAAGGGGACGAUCUUGCCUUCAUUGAACGCGAGCCCGAGGCUUUGUUUCGAGAAAUACGUGGAUUCUAUUCUUGACCUGCUUAUUCCUGGCCAGAGCCCGGGUAUCAAGGAACGUCUUGUGGAUCUGUAUGAGAAGCCGGAGAUUCUGUUCUUUGGUCCUGAUGAGGGUACCGCGGACAUGAUGGACUGGGCAGCUCUACACGCCCGCGCUCGCGGUGCCGAAAACUGGUGGAAGUCCUUCACGACGGGCAAGAGCGCCGAGACGCUCGGUGGCGUGCCACACGAUAUUUACGGGAUGACCUCGCUUUCUAUCCGACAGUAUGUGCUGGGUAUAUAUAAGCAGCUUGGGUUGAGGGAGAAGGAUAUCACGAAGGUGCAGACGGGUGGCCCUGAUGGUGAUCUUGGUUCAAACGAGAUUCUCUUGAGCUCAGACAAGACCGUCGCCAUCAUCGACGGCAGCGGUGUUCUCGCCGACCCUGCAGGUAUUAACCGCGAAGAACUCGUCCGCCUCGCUAAGCUCCGACAGACGGUGGCGAACUUUGAUCUGUCGAAGCUUAGUAAGGAUGGGUACCUCGUCAGGGUCGAAGACCAGGAUGUGAAGUUGCCUUCGGGAGAGGUUGUGCUCGAUGGGACGGACUUCAGGAACGGUGCGCACUUGAGGUUCAAGGCGGAUCUUUUGGUGCCUUGUGGUGGACGACCUGAGGCCGUCAACAUCUCGAACGUCGCAGCUCUGGUCGACACGGAGGGAAAGCCUCACUUCAAGUAUAUUGUUGAGGGCGCAAACCUGUUCUUGACACAACAAGCUCGUCUCUUCCUCGAGAAACGCAAGGUUGUGCUGUUCAAAGACUCCAGCGCCAACAAGGGUGGCGUAACGAGCUCCUCUCUCGAAGUUCUCGCCGGCCUCGCCCUCUCCACUGACGAAUACCUCGACCUCAUGAUCUUCAAAAACGGCCAACCCUCUCCCUUCUACAAAUCCUACGUCUCCGACAUCCAACAAAAGAUCACCGAAAACGCAGCGGCCGAGUUCACCUGCAUCUGGCGCGAGCACCAGCGCUGUGGCGGCUCCAAGCCACGCACGCUCAUCUCGGACGAGCUAUCGAGUACGCUGAAUAAUCUCCAGGCGGAGCUGGAGGGCUCGGAUCUGUUUGAGGAUGUGCCGAGUAGGAAGGGGGUGAUUAGGAGGGCGAUUCCGAAGACGUUGGUGGAGAAGGUCGGGUUGGAGGUGCUUUUGGAGAGGUUGCCGGAGACGUAUCAGAGGGCGUUGUUCUCGAGUUGGGUGGCGUCGCAUUUCAUUUACAAGUAUGGCGUACAGGGCUCAAGCGUUGACUUCUUCCAUUUCGCGAGGGACCUUGCGAACUAG